GCACUGCAGUCGCCGGAGCCAUCGUGGGUGCAGCGGUUGGUGGGUGGCUGAACGACAAGUAUGGGAGAAGAGCCGCCUUAAUGGUGGCAGAUUUUCUCUUCUUCGUCGGAGCAGCCGGCAUGGCCGCCGCUCCGGGCCCCGCCAUUCUCCUCGCCGGGAGGGUUUUUGUGGGUCUCGGGGUCGGAAUGGCGUCAAUGACUUCCCCUCUCUACAUCUCCGAGGCCUCCCCGGCGAAACUCAGGGGAGCCCUUGUCAGCACCAAUGGAUUCCUCAUCGCCGGCGGCCAAUUCUUGUCUUACCUCAUCAACCUUGCCUUCACCAAGACUCUAGGGACAUGGCGGUGGAUGCUAGGGGUCGUCGGCGUCCCAGCUCUAUUUCAGUUUGUUUUAAUGCUGUUUCUCCGGAAUCUCCUCGUUGGCUUUACCGAAAGAUCGACACAUCAAGGGUCGGAUCUCUGCUCUUCUCCCAAAAUCAUGUGGCUUCCUUCGCAAUUUAAUAGCAAAAAAUCGGGUCAAAAUCGGCCCCACCAUCGUUCAGCUCGCCGGAGUUUCCUCCAACCGGACGGCGCUUCUUCUCUCGCUGGUCACCGCCGGCCUCAACGCUCCGUCGUGAGCGUGUGCUUCAUCGACCGGAUCGGACGGAAGAAGCUCCUGGUUUUCAGUCUCUGCGGUGUCGUCGUCUCUCUGGGCUUUCUAUCGGCGGUCUUCCACUUGACUACCUCUGGUUCGCCGAGAAUUAGCCAGGCGGAAACUGCGCAUUUCCCGGGACUCGCCUGCCCUGCCGCCUAUCACUGCGGCGAUGCCGAAUCUCAUAGGAUAUGGGAUUGUACCCAGUGUUUGAAAUCUACCGGUUGCGGCUUUUGUUCUUCGUCUAAGAACAAGUUAUAUCCAGGAGCUUGUCUGAUCUCGAACGACACCGUUAAGAGAGAUUGUCACGAUGCACACAGACUAUGGUACACAAAGGGGUGUCCGAGUAGGCUCGGUUGGUUGGCACUGGUCGAGAUGUCGAUGUAUAUCAUCUUCUUCUCCCCAGGAAUGUGAACGGUCCCAUGGAUUGUGAACUUUGAGAUAUACCCAUUGCGGUUUAGAGGAUUUUGUGGAGGCAUUGAUGCAAUGGCUAAUUGGAUUUCAAAUUUAAUUGUAGCGCAAUCAUUCUUGUCACUAACUCACAUCAUCGGAAUGUCAUUGACCUUUCUCGUGUUCGGCAUGGUGUCUGUGUUCGCACUAAUGUUCGUCCUAGUUUACGUGCCCGAAACAAAAGGACUUGAUAUUG